AAAGACAGCAUUUUCCCCGGCCGGCCUGAGUGUGUGUUGUACUAACAACUCUCUGGUAAAAUCCACCUUCUGGUCUUACUGUACACGUGGUGCUUGUAUAUACUAGCACUGAAAGAGGGAUACCAACAUGGAGGCAAAGCAGAAGAUGUCGAACGGAGAUGUGAAGAAGGCAGGGAAGCUUGCAGAGGAGGCGAUGACCAUGUCCGAUAUGCUGGAGAAAUUCAAGAGCGAACUGGAGAGCGCGGGACAAGACGACAACGCCGAGUUCAACGCUCUCCGCCUGUGCAGUCAGGACCCGUACCCGGGGGAUGGGGAGAAGGCUGAGGGGGAGGAGGCAUGGCUACAGGAGCACAGCUACACGGACCCCGCAUGGAUCAUGGAGAGGGAGCGGGACCCCACCGCCGCAGCCAUGGAGGCGGAGGUGGCGCAGGUUCUCCGGGACACGGGCAGCCACGAGAAGGCGCUGGAACACUUCACCCUGGCGCUGGAGCUGGACCCGGGCGUGCUGGACUACUGGGCCCUCCGCGCGCAGGCAAACUUCACCCUCAAGAACUACCGGGAGGCCUUCCGGGACUGCAUCAGUGUCCACAAGGACAUCAGGCCCGUCGCUAUGUGGAAAAUUGGAGGAAGAGUGCUGUCCAGCCUGGGACAGUACGUACUGUCCGAGGUCUGGCUCCGGCGCGCCAGCCGACUGACCGAGGGGAACGAUUACGAGGCUCUCCUUCUGUUCCAACAGACCCGCAUCCACCGCUUCUACGAUCCUCUGACCGAAGGCACCUCUGUACAGGUGAGGUUCACUAAGUACGGUCGCGCGGUGUUCUGUACUGAAGACGUGGCGGAAGGCCAGGAGCUGUUCCGGGACACUCCGCUCGUCUCCUCCCAGACGGACGACUCCGCCAAGGCGCACCCCGCCUGCAGCCACUGCGCAGUCUCCCUGCUCACCGCCGAGGACUACUUCGGCAUGGACACCUUCAGGAGGAUGAACAAGGCUCAGAAGGCCAUCAUCAAAAAGGCCUGGCCGAAGGUGACCGCGUACCCGUGUCCCCACUGUAAGCGUGAGAAGUACUGCAGUCUGGAGUGCCGUACCCACGCCUGGAGACAACACCACUGCCACCUCUGUCCCUCCAUCAACCCGCCUGCCGCCAAACUGUACGACUUCUGCGCCAAGGGGACCACCCAGGAGAAAGGCAUGUGGAACUCCAUGUUCAGCCCGAUGAUCAUGGCGCGUAUUUGGGCGAACAUCCUGACCCGUGUGAAGGAGCUGGGCGUGAAGGGGGAGCCUACCAAGGACCAGUGGGCCCGCGCCAAGGAGCCGUACCGCCGCUUCCUCGGCUUCGGUGUGUCCGGAUUCGUCAAACAGAUCCCUAAGAUGCUGAAGAUCAUGCAAGCGAUUUUCCAGAACACCGAGAUUAAGUACAAGAUCGACGAGCUGGAGUUCGAGCGGCGCUACUACCAGGUGGCCUGUAACGUCCAGUCGUUCGGGCCGCCCUGCGUCACGUGGCACGAGUUCGUGGCGGAGUUCCACCGGACGGCCCGGCCCGGGGAGAACCACCGGCGGGUGGCGCAGGAGAUGCGGGGCGAGCCCAAGGACGUGACGUUCGGCGGGCUGUACGCGCUGCAGUCCAGUCUCAACCACUCCUGCGACAAGAACGUGGACGUGAUGGACGCCGUGGUGGACGGGAAACCCGGGGUGGUCAUCCGGGCCAAACAGCCCAUCAAGAAAGGCGGGGAGCUGUACACCACCUACAUCGACACCUCCAUGCAGCGCCCGCAGCGCCGCGCCUGGCUCUACCGCGCCUACCACUUCUGGUGCGAGUGCCAGAGGUGCAAGUACGAGGGGGACGACUGCAGCAUCUGUACGCAGUGCGGGAAGAAGGCGCGUAAAGACAGCCCCUUCUCCGUCUGCAGCCGCUGCCACCGGGCCUGGUAUUGUUCACCCCAGUGUCAGAAGGUGGCGUGGAAGGCAGGUCACAAGAAGAUCUGCAAGGCCUGGCCCACCAAUUAAGGCUUGUCUUUAAGAUAUUAGCUCAUUCGCACUUCCGAAUGCACUUGCGCGGCGACGGGAAUUGUGGCUAAUAUGUCAAAGAUGAAGACCCCAUUUCUUGUAAACACUUCACUUCUCGACCAUUACAUUAUCUCGAUUUGCACAACAAUGUCCAGACGUGUUUUGUUUACGUCUUAGGGGUCUUCACUAUUCAUGUUUCACUCACAAUUCUUGUUGCCGCACAUGCGCACUCGGAAGUGUUAAGCAGCUUAUUAAAAAUCAAGGCGUUUGUCGCGCAACAGAUAUAAGGAAAUGUAAAUUGUAAAGAUGCCAAAAGGUUACCUUCGAGUUGCUGUGUAUCUAGUAGACUUUCAAUCAAACCAACGUCUCAAAGACGACUUGCAAUCGAUCGACAUUGUCACAGAUUCCCCAUAUUGAACGAACCUAAUUAUCUAACUGGAAAAGAUCUAGAAAUACUAGGUUGCUAUGAUGUAGUUUAUAAAACAUCGCAAGCAUGGCUUUCUGUUACAUUAUUGCUAAACCCAUGCAUACAUACAUAACAGUUUAUCACCUUAUAAACGCUAAGUAGUUGUUUUCUUCUUACAAGAAAGGUUGCCGACGUAGCUGUAUGUCCUUUUUGUAUCAGUUUGUGGUCUAAAGUCUAGAUUCAUAUCAUACAAAGCAGCUAUAUCACUGAAGCGAAAUGGAGUGAAGUAUGCUGUAUUUGUUUGCAAAUGCUCCCUGUCUAGUUCUCUAGUGGGGGAAAAGAUGCCCACAUUUUCAAAUUUAGAGACCAUAAGCCUUGUAACAAGAAGUGUAGCUUUAUAACAUAACAUUACUAGCAACAAGUUUUCCGUUAGAAUAAAGCUUAUUGAUUUGA